AUGGCGUCUAGCGGGCUACGUACCGCGAAACAGGAUCCAGAAGGACCAACGAGGGACCAUAGCCAUGCUAAUGUCCUCAGGAAGGAGUACACAGCCAGAUCGAAUGCCCUCAGCAGUUCUCCUCCGAGCUCAAGGAGUAAACUCGUCAAGCCUCGCUCGGAUACAGGCGACGACGACAUUUCCAACCACUCGGAGCACACAAACCAGCCGCAUUCCAAGCCUAACAAGCUCAGAAAAGCACCUGGAUCGUCUUCCUCGGCUGCUGCCUCCAGCGGCUCGGCACCUCUAGUCGCAACUAAAGAUCCUCCAGAGACCCUGGGCAUGUAUGCUUCGUCACGCAAGACGUUUGACGCCAGCCCUCCUCCAAAAUCUCCGACUCUCGCCAAAGAUCCCAAGAUGCCACACGUACCAUCAAGGCCAGCUCCUAUGCGCGCCCAGAGUUACUCCAAACGUCAUGCGUCUUUCGACACACCCAGAGAAGUCCCGUUGCCGGCAUAUCCAUUCGGAGGCAACUCGCAAUUUGAUCAACCGCAACCAUUUGACGAUUCAGAAGGAGACUCGGACAACCGAAAGGCAGUCUGGACUCAGUUGGAGAAUGGGAUGCGCGACUUUACCCUCCAACCUUCCGGUGUAACCCGCAAGAUCCGCCGCUCUCAAGACCCAUCUACCUCGACAAGUUCUGGAGGUUACUUUGACUAUCAUCCUCCCAAUCCUGAGCCACCUCACUUCAACCGCAAUAAUUCGGCGCCGACGCCACCUCACCCGUCCGCAGCAGAGAGUGUCAACAUGCACUAUGUGGGACAAACCUCUAACGCAAACGGUCUCAAUGAGCCGGAAAACGGUAGUGGCAGCGGCAGCGAAAGAUUUCCGACGCCCCAGUCGGCUCAGACAUUGUCAGAGGACGAUGGCUCUUGUCUUUCAUCUUCAACUUCGAUCGACGACAGGGCCCAAUCACGAGACGCCAUGCAGUCUGCGAGUGAGGAAGGACAUUUGUCCACUUCCAGCCUUCCUCUCCCGACUUCAUACGGAGCCGAACAAGUGAGCCGAUUACCCGCAACACCCAAGCCUUCGUCCCAAGCAAAGCCAGAAUACUCAUUUGGCUGGGACAAUGGAGUCACCAAAACUCCCACUAAUAUCACCGACAAUCCGUUUGAUCGUGCUGGCAGAGUUCGAGAUGGCUCCAAUCCCGGGAUUGGUGACAGUAGAUUGCUUUUGGAUCGACAAUUGUCUACCCAGCGCUCCAGCUAUCCUUUUGUGGCACAAUCUGGUCGCGAGAUUCGCCUUCCAGCCACAAAUCCCCUGGAUAGCUCACAUUCAUUUGACAAGUCAUUACAGCUUCCAAAGGUUGAGGCUCCGGAAAAGUUACUUCAUCCUUUGCUGGCCCGAAAUUACUCGACACCAGACACGGCUUCACAGCUCAAGAGUCCCGGGGCCGUUUCUACCAUCGCUACUCCAGGCCAUGAUGGCACUUUGACGGGCUCAAGCCAGGCCUCAACGUCACCCACGCGCUCUAGUCUGACCGAUAGAACAUCGAACACCAGUGGAAGUAGCGGAGCCAGCUCUGACUUGCCAAGUACCGUCGCAGGAGGGCUCGCCCGAGAUACCCACGCAGGCAAUCCUGGGCCUGACUCGUCCGAAGCUGGUGUCCGACAAUCCACUGAAGACAAGUUUCGUGAACAGAAUCCCGUAGAUGACAGAAACACGGUGGCCGCCAUGACAGUCGAAACGACCGGAGCGGCGUAUAUAUUGACUGCUCCACUCCCAGGCUAUCUGCGAGACGAGAUCACCCUCUCCACUCGGAAGAAGAGAAUUCUACAUGUCGUGGCUGAUGGCUUCGUCAGUGGUUGUGAUUCCACAGGUCAUUUCGAGCGUCGGGUAUCGUUUGGUUACGAUGCUGACAUGACUCGCAUUCGCGCAGAGUUCAAUGGUCAAUUGCUGAAGAUCACUGUCCCACGUCGACCGACAUCGUCUGCUUCGUCUAUCGGCGCAUCUUCUACUGCUUUCAACACAGGCUCCUCCAGCUCGAACAUGUUCUGGCGAGGACGGAGCAACGUGGUAUAA